AUGUCAUCAUCAUCACCUUCAUCAACCGUGGGUCCCAUUGAGGCUUCCAUUCUGAAAAAGCUACAAUCUACAUUCCAUCCCACAUUCCUUGAAAUCAGAAACGACUCACACAAGCAUGCCAAACAUGCGGGAAUGCAAGGUGCUUCCAACAGAACUGAAUCUCAUUUCUUUAUCAAGAUGCAAAGUGAAGUGUUUAAUGGGAAAAAUUUACCCGCUAGACACCGAUUGGUGUACAGUUUACUUGAUGAUGAAAUUAGUAAGCAAGGUGUGCAUGCAUUACAAAUGAAGUUGAAGGGUACGAAUGAGUCAAUACAGUAA